AUGGACAACCACAAUACAAAUGAUCCACAAAACCAUAAAGGCCAUGUGACAACGUUGUCAGGAGGUGGAGGUGGAGGGUGGAGGCGGUGGUGGUGGGGUGGCUAUGGUUCAGGUAGUGGCUUUGGUUCAGGUAGCGGCUUUGGUUCAGGUGGUGGAGGCGGAUCAGGGGGAGGUUAUGGUUCAGGAGGCGGGUCUGGAAGCGGUAGCGGUAGCGUAGCAGUGGAGGUGGUAAUGGUGGCGGCUGUGGUGGGGGUGGAGGAUCUGGAGAGGGUGGCUGUGAGAAUCAACCAUGGGGCGGUUGCAAUUGCAACCCAAGCUGCCAACCGGGUUGUGGCCAGCCUGGUAACGAGUGGGGCUCAGGAAACUGUGGUGGAUAUCCUGGCUAUGGUUGCCCAAUUGGUGCACCCGGUGGUUGUGUUGGUGGCAACCCAGGUUGUGGAAAUGGUGAAGGAAACUACGGUGGUGGAUGUGGUUACCCACCUCCCUCACACUCUGGUGCAUGUGGUUGCCCUCCACCAAUAA